GAGCUUCACACUUCAUUUUCAAGCCGUUCUGAUGGAAUGACAUUUAUUUCCACCUUAGAUGGUUAUUUAAGGGCAGUUGAUCCUACAACUGGUGUUACGAAGUGGGAACUGAAAGAAGAACCUAUCCUUAGAGCACCUUCUUCUAUCCAAAAACGUUUAACUUUUCUUCCGGAUCCACGUGAUGGUGCUUUAUACAUGCUUGUUGAUGGCCAUUUGAAAAAACUGUCGUAUUCCAUUCCUGAAUUAGUUAAUUUUUCGCCUUGUCGUACGUCUGACGGAGUUCUUUAUACCGGUAGCAAAAAAGAUGUUUGGCUUGAAAUAAAUAUGAAGACUGGCGUCAAAGAAAGGGAGCUUUCACAUUCUUCAGAAAGCAGUCAGUGCCCAAUGAGUACUAGCCAAACAACUUACAUCGGGAGGACUGUUUAUGAAUUAACGAUGUUUGACACAGAAAAUCGUCAACGAAAGUGGAAUGCGACAUUUGCAGAUUAUUCUAGCCAUUUGCUAGCUGCUGCCACGUCUUAUCCGUACCAGCACUUUGCUAGUUCUUCUGAUGGACAUCUUCUAACAGUUGAUGCUUCGUCCGGUACUGUUUUAUGGGACAGAAAUCUAGGCAGUGCCAUUGUAGCUAUGUAUCUUUUGCAAAAUGACGGUCUUCAUAAACUACCAUAUACUGUUGUGGGCAAGGAAACAAUGGAAGAACUUGCUAAGGUAUUUUAUGUGGAACGAUAUUUUGAAACAGUUGGAACUUCUAGGAAAUAA